CUGCGGAGCGGCGGAGGCUCGCUCAGGGCAGAGCCGGGCUGCGCUGCCGCUCGCUGCUGACGCGUGGCCGCCGCCGCCGGGAGCAGCCCCGGAGCCGCCGCCGGGAGCAGCCCCCGCCUGCUGCUGCCGCCCCCCCCAGAAUAACCAACCAUGACUACAGAGUCGGGAUCAGAUUCUGAGUCCAAGGACAAAGAGCAGGACCAGCAAGAAGCCCCUGCGCCAUCGGGGGCGGCGGAAGUCCCACCGCAGGAGCAGCAGCAGCUGAGCGAAGAGCACCAAAACGCACUCGAGCAGUUCUCAGCUGUGGCAGCACACAGCACACCGGUGAGGAAGGAGCAGCCCACAGACAAAGAGCAGGAGUUUGCAGCUGCAAGUGCAAAACAGCUUGAAUAUCAGCAGUUAGAGGACGACAAGCUCUCUCAAAAAUCAUCAUCAAGCAAACUUUCCAAAUCUCCUCUAAAGAUUGUCAAGAAACCUAAAAACAUGCAGUGCAAAGUGACGCUCCUGGAUGGAUCUGAAUAUGCAUGUGAAGUAGAGAAACGUUCCAGAGGUCAAGUACUAUUCGACAAAGUGUGUGAGCAUCUGAACCUUUUGGAAAAAGACUACUUCGGGCUAACAUACAGAGACACAGAAAACCAAAAGAAUUGGUUGGACCCUGCCAAGGAAAUCAAAAAGCAGAUCCGAAGUGGUGCUUGGCAGUUUGCAUUUAAUGUGAAAUUCUACCCUCCAGACCCUGCUCAGCUAUCUGAAGAUAUUACCAGGUACUACCUCUGCUUGCAGCUGAGGGAUGACAUCGUGUCCGGCCGGCUGCCCUGCUCCUUUGUCACUCUCGCCCUGCUGGGCUCCUACACCGUGCAGUCUGAGCUUGGUGACUACGACCCUGAUGAGUAUGGCAGUGACUACGUCAGCGAGUUUCGCUUCGCACCGAAUCACACUAAAGAGCUGGAAGAUAAGGUGAUUGAGCUGCACAAGAGCCACAGGGGAAUGACGCCUGCUGAGGCUGAGAUGCAUUUUCUGGAGAAUGCCAAAAAGUUAUCAAUGUAUGGAGUAGAUCUCCAUCAUGCCAAGGAUUCUGAAGGAGUGGAAAUCAUGCUAGGAGUUUGUGCGAGUGGCCUCUUAAUAUACCGAGAUCGACUCAGAAUAAAUAGAUUUGCCUGGCCAAAGGUUCUGAAAAUUUCAUACAAAAGGAACAACUUCUACAUCAAAAUCCGACCAGGGGAGUUUGAGCAGUUUGAAAGCACUAUUGGGUUUAAGUUGCCAAAUCAUCGUGCUGCAAAGCGCUUAUGGAAAGUGUGUGUUGAGCACCAUACAUUUUUCAGGCUCCUUCUACCUGAAGCACCUCCAAAGAAGUUCCUCACGCUGGGCUCCAAGUUUCGCUACAGCGGUAGGACGCAGGCUCAGACGAGAAGAGCCAGCGCGCUCAUAGACCGGCCCGCACCUUACUUUGAGCGGUCUUCUAGUAAACGUUACACGAUGUCUCGCAGCUUGGACGGGGCAUCAGUGAAUGAAAACCAUGAAAUGUACAUGAAGGAUUCUGUGUCUGCUGCAGAGGUUGGUACUGGCCAGUACGCCACAACAAAGGGCAUCUCUCAGACCAAUUUGAUAACCACUGUGACUCCGGAGAAAAAGGCAGAAGAGGAAAAAGAUGAUGAAGAGGGCAAAAAGAAAAGAGCAGAGGAAGUCACCCCCAUCUCGGCAGUACGCCAUGACACAAAGCCACCUUUUCUUGGCACUGACUCACACCACUCCUCGCCGUCCCCGCAGCCUGGUCCCCAUGCAUCUUCAGCCAAGCUUCGCAGGAGAUGCAAGGAGAGCGCUCGAAAAAAGCCAUUAGGCUGCGAGUCACCCAAAGAGGGUGCUUCAAAGCACGGGGAGGCAGAGCCGGACUCCGACAGAAAAGGGAGAGUUUGCUCCGCGGAGCAAGACGUGGCUUUCGGCUAUAAGCAAAAAGCCGGCAAAGGCGGGACAUUGUUUUCCUUCUCCUUGCAACUUCCUGACUCAUUCCCUUCCCUCCUGGAUGACGACGGCUACCUGUCGCUCCCUAACCUCUCCGAAACCAACCUCCUGCCUGCCAGCGUGCAGCAUUACCUUCCCAUCCGCUCUCCCUCCCUUGUGCCUUGCUUCCUCUUCAUUUUUUUCUUUCUGCUCUCUGCCUCUUUCUCAGUGCCAUAUGCCCUCACUCUCUCCUUUCCUCUGGCUAUGUGCCUCUGCUACCUGGAGCCCAAGGCGGCCUCCUUGAGUGCCUCACUUGCCAAUGACCUGAGUGACAGUUCAGAGGAAGAGACUGACAGUGAGCAGACGGAUACUGCAGCUGAUGGUGAGACCACUGCCACCGAGUCGGAUCAAGAGGAGGACGGAGAUCUAAAGGCACAGGACCUAGACAAAACCCAGGAAGAUCUGAUGAAACAUCAGACCAAUAUAAGCGAGCUGAAACGAACCUUCUUGGAAACAUCCACAGAAACGGCUGUGUCUAAUGAGUGGGAGAAGAGGCUUUCCACAUCUCCCGUUCGGCUUGCAGCAAGGCAGGAGGAGGCUCCUAUGAUUGAACCGCUAGUGCCUGAAGAGACCAAAGAAGAAAGAGAAAAAUCAGAAAAACUCAUAGUUUUGCAGAAAGGAGGUACUACAUUCCUUGAAAUGCAGCCGAGUGUGAUAGAGAAGAAGCUACAGGAAGGAGAAUCUGCUGACACUUUGGUUACUUCUCAUCAAAUCAUUAUCCAGAAAAGUAUCCCAUCAUCCCUAGAGGGCACUGAGGAUUGGGUUAUUAUAGACAAAAUACCUUCUGAGGUAGCUGAUGGUGAAUCGAAAAAAAAUGUGACGUACAAAGUGGUGACUGUGAGCAGUAAAGCUGGCAUUCCGCCCGAGGUACUGAAAUCCAGUACUGUUCUGAGCUUUGAGGACUUGGAAAGUGAAAUACAAUCCAAAGAUGAGAAUAAGCAGAAAAUGUUCACCUUAGGAAAGUCCUAUGAUGCUGUGUCUGGGAAAAUUGUUACCAUGACGAGUAAAACUAAAGAGGGAGAGAAAACAGUACAGCCUUCCGUAGAAGUUUUGCAAAAAAAGGAAAAGGAAGCACAAGAAUCUGUGAAAAUCAUUCCAGUAGUGGCCAAGUAUGGGAUCGUAGAGCAUGUCACUGAGGAGAAGGCCGAUGUGCAGAGCACAAAAAGAAAGCUCUCUGACUCCCUGACGCCUAUAAAGGAAGCAGAAUCUCAGUUGCAAAGUCCGGAAGAGGAGAGUUUGAAAAAGGCACUAAGGAUGGACCAAGAUUUGCAAUUACUGGGAAGCUUGCAGCUUGGCAAAGCAGAAAAACACCUUGAUGGUGAAGCUGUAAAAACAGGGGCGUUUGCCUGGAAAGAUAAGAGCGUGUCUGAGUGGAGAUACUCCAGAGAACAACCAUUUACCAUUGCUACUGCUCACUAUGUUACUGAGUCGUCCGCAUCAAAAGUAGUGACUAAACAGUCCACCGGUGAAAAAACCCUGGAUGGCUCAGAUAUCUUCAGUUUAAUAGAGUCCGCCAGAAAGCCAACUGAGUUCAUAGGAGGGGUUACUACUACUUCCCAUAGCUGGGCGCAGAGAGUAGACACGACGACAUCUCAGGAGAUAACUUCCAGUGAAAUGAAGCAAGCGGCUCAGCCACACCAGGAUGCAGUGACGAAGGUUGUACAGGAGACUGUGGUUAUCGAGGAGAGACGUGGGAUGAAUGUGCAUGCGAGUGGGGAUCCUGCUACAGUGGCUGGACUUGCGGAUGCCCAGGCUCAGGCAGCAUCUGCUAGUGCGAAAGGGAAGGAGGGCUCUGCUGUGACUAAGGGGGCUAAAGAGGAAAAAAGGGAGGCUCACAAAGCUGUAACCAAACAGGAAGGCAUUGCUGCUGCUACUUCUCAUGAGCAAGCGGAGGAGCACAGUACAACAGUCCACGUUUCAGACUCUUUGGAAAGAAAACCUCAUUUUGAGUCGCCAGUUGUGAAGACUGAAACGAUCAGUUUCAGUAGUGUUUCUCCUGGGGGGGAAACCCUUGAAAUUUCAACAAAGGAAGUGCCAGUAGUCCAUACAGAAACAAAAACCAUUACAUACGAGUCUUCACAGGUGGAUAGUGGUGCUGACUCAGAGCCUGGUGUGCUGAUGAGUGCACAAACUAUCACGUCUGAAACCACCAGCACUACAACCACUACACAUAUCACCAAAACUGUGAAAGGAGGCAUCUCAGAGACAAGAAUCGAAAAACGAAUAGUCAUCACAGGAGAUGCAGAUAUUGAUCAUGAUCAGGCGCUGGCUCAGGCAAUUAAAGAAGCCAAAGAGCAGCACCCUGACAUGUCAGUGACCAAAGUAGUGGUACAUAAAGAGACAGAAAUCACACCAGAAGAUGGGGAGGAUUGACCACAGGAAUAAUCUAGAUUGCAUAUGAAUCCAGACAUGCACACCCAUAGGAAUACGAGAGCCUCUGUGGAGUCUCAGUUCCAACCUGACUGACUUGUAUCUGUGUAUGGAAAAUUUCAGUACAGAAGAAUUGAUCUUGACCGUUAAUAAAGAAACUGGCAGAGAUCUCUUCCCAUAGAAAGCAAUCUGAAUCAGCAGCAGUUAAACAAUAUUGCAUGAAGCAACGAUAAAAUUACAAAAAAAAGCCGCAUUUUUAAUUUUCUUAAAAUGUCUAAGUUUUCAGCUAUACCUGCACGUUCAUAAACAAUAUAAACAGUGGUCUCAUGUAACACAUAAACAGUUCAUGCCUUUCACAGUUUAUGAAAGUCUAAACAGAUUAAAAUUUGUUAGGUGGCAAGCCUUUUGUUUACAGAUAUUGUAAAUGAAGAUUACCCCCAAAAUGCUAGAAGCUCUAUAGGUACUGUGUAUAAUGUUUUACCACACAUUAGAUGUGCCAAUAACACGGUUUAUUCAGUAAACAACUUGAAUCUUAUAUUUGUUUCAUCUUGUUUUAUUACUGCCCGAUAAACAAUGACGAAUCUUUACUCUUAUCAGAAUAUUUAAAUGCUUACAAAGUGUGCUUUGUAUACCUGACUGAAUACCUUAUGAGGUAGUAAUGAUUUUAGCAUAUUAACUUUAACGAUUUUUGUCAGCGUUGUUCAGAGUCAGCUUCUGGUCACCCUUCACAGAUCCUAACCUUGUAAAUUAUAUGUAGUUAUUUUGGAAAAAAAAUCUGUAUUUUACUUAGUUUGCAGCAUUAGAAAGUUAUUAAUCUAAAAUAACCACAAUGGUUUUCUAUUGAUUUCCCUUUUUGUUCUCAGAGGAAGAAAAAAUUCUGUUUGAGAUUCUGGUCAGCAUUUACUAUCUAGUUCAGAGUCAAGCCUUAACCUGUACAGAACGUCCACUGAAAACUCGUUAGUGUUCAGCUAUAAUACCCACUGAAGGGAUAGAGUCCAUUACACUGUCAGCUGCAUCACAACACAUGGUGAAUGUAUGUUUCUGCAUAGUGAAAUAAAAGUGGUAAAUGCAUCCAAAAUUGUAUUGUUCUGUGUCUAAAAGAACCUAGCGUUUCUUAUAUUCAGAAUGUUGAGUUGCAUUUGUAAGGCACCGCAGGUUUUACGCAUCUGCACAGUAGACACAUUUUGUCUUCAGUGGCUGUCACUGCACUGUGUCGACAGUUGGAGUUGCAGGGGACCCAGAGGGAUGACCCUGUUCACCUUUGGGUAAACGAUGUUUGCAAAGGAAAAGAAGCAUUUGGUUUCUUCUGUUUUCUGUAGUUGUGUACUGUUCCACUGAGGCUAAAUGAAGGAUUUUGUGGUUGCUUAGAAAGUAAAGGCCUGUAGCCCUUCUCUUUUUGCAUUUUUGCUCUGAAACAUGGAUUAAAUUCUCUCUUCAAAGCAUUGUUUAACUUUCUAUUCCUUUUUCUUGCUCUAUUGCCACAUCUCAUUGACACUCCCAUGAUAAUUCAAGAGAAAUUCUUAACAAGUAAUUCACCCUUCAGUCUGUAUCUCCUUGCAGGAUUGAAAGAAAUAGAUACAAGCAGACUUUUCAGGACAUAAAGGGCCACAUUUGCCCUUCGUUGUUUACAUGGGGCUCCCUCUCACUGAAGUCAAUGGAUUUGGCUUCAGUAAAGAGCAAGACUUGACCCAGUGACUUGUUAAUAAAUGUUUAUUUUCUUAAUUUAGAAAGAAAAAAUAGUAUAUAUAGAGAGAAUAAUCUGUAGAUAAUAAUUAAAAAUUAUAUCCCAAGGCUUCAAAAGCUUUUCCCUCAGUCUCUAAAAUGUCUUCCUCCCACCAGCCAUUCUUCAUGCCUUUAAUCUGGAGUGCGAACUGUGUAACUUCCCAUACUGCAGUCAUUUCUUACCUCUUGCCUGAUGAGUAACACAAAGGUUAUGGUCUGUUGUGAUCUUCAGCUGACCUCUCUCCUCACUUGCCCUUUAUAUUUAGAGAAGAGUAUGUCCUUGCCCUCUUUGGUGAAGGUAGGCUCAGCUUUCUGGUGCUGCUAGCGUCCUGCGGCAGCCAUAAGUGGAAGAGGUGCUCACGCAGUGUCCCAGCAGACUUCCUUCCAGGUUCUCACUACUGCAUCAGGAGUUUAAAAAUUGACUCUGAAGCCAUAUUGAUCUUCCCUCAGGUGCCCCUUACGUUGUCAGCUAAGAAACAGCAUUGUAUUACCUCAGAGAGAGGUGAGGCAGUUGCAGAGCCUUCUCUCCAGAGAUAGCAUUAUAUUUUAGCAUGGCUUGAGGAGAUUGUACUUUGGUGAUACUGCACAGUAUAUACAGUGUCUAAAGAUAUUGUAUCUUAAAAAGAUAGUGUCCUUGGAAAGGAUGCUCACAGCUAAGAUACGGCCUAAGCAUGUGCAAACUGUGAGGAGAUUAGAGUGGACAGGCAAGGACAUCUCAGUGCCACUGUUGGCAGUAGACCCUUGUUUGGGGGACGGUUCCUGGGAGCAAUAGUUUUGGUUUUUGUUAGAAACUGUUUCUUGGGUUGUCUGCCUAAUGCUGUGCCACAUGAAAUAAAAAACACCUGCCUGUUUCUACCAACCAA